AUGGACUCACAUCUUCGAUAUUUUAAACAAGGAUAUGAACUAUUGCAUCAAAUGGAACCAUAUAUUAAUCAGAAAGUUGAUGGCAAUAAUAUGUGUGCUGACUGUGGUGCUUUAGAACCUGAUUGGGCAUCAUUAAACCUUGGCGCACUUCUAUGCAUAGAGUGUUCUGGGGUGCACAGAAAUCUUGGAGUGCAUAUAUCAAAGGUUAGAUCUCUGACACUUGAUGUCAGAGUUUGGGAGCCAUCUGUAAUCAAUCUCUUUCAGUCAUUAGGCAACAUGUUUGUCAACAGUAUUUGGGAAGAGAUGCUGUCAGAUGAUAAUUCAAGUGCUGAUGGAUCAGACACAUCACAGUACCUCUCUGUUAGCAAGCCUAAUCUCUUUAUGAGAAUUUUGGUUUAUUUUGUUUGAUUCCGGCUCUCAUCAAGUGACUCCUC